AUGUGGCACAGAACUGGCAUUUAUAACCUUCAGCCCAGUGAUGUCCCUGGGGGCACUGGACAGAGCUGCCUGGAACUGAGCUGGUUUCAGCCCCUGAGCUCCAGGAUGGAGAACAUCCAGCUGGUGUUUAAAGCAGGAGAAGGCAGUGGCCAGAUGUGCUCCCAGCCUGUGCUGGGGCAGCCCCUGUGCCCAGGGGGGGACAUCUCUCCCUGCAGAAGCUCAGCUCCUCUCAGAGCCUCAGCAGUGGCCUCUACAGAUUCUUUUCCCUCAGGAAAGGGAUGCACAUCCCUGUCUUCAGCACACCUCCAGUGGGACCUACCUGUGAAAGCUUUCCACCACUUGUGCACUUGCAGCUGGAUCCUGAAAAACUCCAAACUCCAUCCCACUGAUUUCCAGGUAAUGCCAGCUGCUCCUUGGGCUCCUCCUGGGCUCUUGGUGCUCUGUGUGGGCUGGAGCAUUUCCACGUGCCUGCUCAGAGCAGCCCCUGGCCCAGGAGCCACGGUGCAGGCACAGCUCCUCCUGCAGAUCCCACAGACACGAGGGGCUGCUGCCUUCAGGAGCUUCUGGCUCCUCCUGCCCUGCGCUCCCAGCCCGCUGGGACACCCUGAGGGAACACCAAGGAGCACGGCUGGCAGCGAGCAGGAGACACCGAGGCCUCUGGGCCCAGAAACAGCCCCGGCCUCAGCAGCCACCGUCACUUUGAGCUGGCAACGCUCACCUGCAGGAAACGCCCCCUGCCACUCUCCAGAGGAACCCUCAGGAGCUGUCUGGUUCACUUCUUCCUGGGGAAACAAAGGGACAUCGUGUGAGCACGUUUACAGCUGCUGGGUAAAUCCUGGAAAGGGCAGAACAAUCAGGGUCGUGGGGAAGAGUUUGGUGCUGACAGGUGAGUGCCAGCCAGUUCUGCCCUAG